AUGGAGAAUUACGUUGCACUCUCAGUCAAGCAGCUCUGGGAUAAAUACAAAUUUUAGCAAGAAAUUGAUUCUGGAGCUUUUGGAGUUGUUUACAAAGUUAAGAAUACCUAAGAUAACAAAUUUUACGCUAUGAAAGUUUAAAAUUUGGAACGAUUAUUGGCUAAAGAACCAAAUAACAUCAGCAAUGAAAUGGUACGCAUUAUCCGAGAGAUUAACACAUUCAAGCUAAGCCAUGCAAACAUUACCAAGUUCUAUGAAUCCUACUUCACCUUUGACGAUUAAUUCGCAAUUAUUACAGAACUCGCAGAGUAAAACCUUCGCAAGUAUAGAGAUAACACAGAACUGACUAAUGCUAAGAUCGCUGAUAUAAUGAUGCAAAUUACAAAAGGAACAAUACAUAUUCAUAACUAAAAUGUCAUGCACAGAGAUUUAAGUCCAGACAACAUUUUGGUCUUUGAAAAUGGCUAGAAAUUUAAAAUCUGCGACUUUGGAUUGUCAUAGUUGCAGACAAAUUCUAAAAGUUGUGUUGGGAAACCACAAUUUAAUGCUCCAGAGAUGGGACAAUGUGAUGAAUUCAGUUACAACAGCUAAGUUGAUAUCUGGUCGCUAGGAAUGAUACUCUUCUACCUGUGCACUAAGAAAUAUAAAUACUAAGGCAAAAUAAUAUCAGAGUUAAAGUAAAAAGAUUAGACAAUGAUUAUCAAUCUUGAAGGAGAACGGAAGGAAUUCGAACAUCUUCUUAACGAAAUGCUUCAAUUCAAUCCUGCAAACAAUCAACCAUUGGACAAGCAUUUAGAAAUAGAAGAAGCAAAGCAAGGCCAUUAAAGUUCAACUAAUUAUGAUAGGAGAAAUGCGUUUGCUUUGACAAUUUAAUCACAUAAUGCUAUAAGAUUCACCAAAAUCCAAACAGAAUCUUCAUGCCUCUUGUUUAAUAUGAAGAUGGUAGUAUGUAUCAAGGUUAAUAUGAUACUGUAACCAAUUAAUGAGAUGGAAGAGGUAGAUAUAUUCAUAGAGAUGGAGAAGUUUAUGAUGGAUUGUGGAAGAAUAAUUAAUAAGAUGGAUAAGGAAGAUUAAUUUAUGAUGAUGGAGGUUAUUACAUUGGUGAGUGGAAGGAUGAUAAAAAGAAUGGAUUUGGCAAAUAUUAUGAUGAAAGUGGAAGCUAUUAUGAGGGAUAUUGGGUAAAUAAUAAAAAAGAAGGGUUGGGUUUGUAUAAAUGCAUUGGAGGUGAUUAAUACUAUGGAUAAUGGGUGA